GUUUUGAUAACGGCUGCGGAAAUAGCUGUCAUUUGCCCUCGUCUCGCCGAUUUCUCGUCCAAGCAAUAGUUCUCUCGUCAAAACCGAUAGGAAUUAAACGACUAAUGUAACCGUUUCACAGAAAGCCACAAUGGGAUUUACAAUGAGACGCUUUCUUGGUGUUAAACCGUCGAAAGCGCUCCUGUUGUUGCCUUUUCUGUUGACUUUAUUGCUCGUCGGGAGCCAAGGCGAGAGCAAUGCGAUGGACAAUGUCGCAACUGAGAGGAUGGCUGAGGAAAGCCACCGUCAGGACAGUGCCAAUCUACUGAUAUUCAUAAUGCUCCUAACACUCACAAUUUUAACCAUAUGGCUGUUCAAACACCGGCGAUUUAGGUUCCUGCACGAAACAGGACUUGCCAUGAUUUAUGGCCUGCUGGUGGGUGUGAUCCUGCGGUUUGGCGUCCAUGUGCCUCAGAGCAUGAGUGACGUGAUCCUCAGCUGCGCUGUCAACGCCAGUCCUGCUACUCUGCUGGUCAACGUCAGUGGGCGAUUCUACGAGUACACUCUGAAGGGGGAAGUCAGCCGGGGCAAAGGGCACCAAGUGCAGGACGAUGAGAUGCUGAGAAAGGUGACCUUUGACCCAGAAGUGUUUUUCAACAUUCUGCUGCCUCCCAUCAUCUUCCACGCAGGUUACAGUCUGAAAAGGAGACAUUUCUUCAGAAACAUCGGCUCCAUCCUGGCCUAUGCUUUCAUGGGAACAGUUAUAUCCUGCUUUGUCAUUGGGCUGAUCAUGUAUGGCGUUGUGUCCUUCAUGAAAGUUGUGGGCCAGCUUGGGGGAGAUUUUUUCUUUACUGACUGUCUUUUCUUCGGGGCCAUCGUUUCGGCAACAGAUCCAGUGACAGUGCUGGCUAUCUUCAAUGAGCUAAAGGUAGAUGUGGACUUAUAUGCUUUACUCUUUGGGGAGAGUGUCCUCAAUGAUGCUGUGGCCAUCGUCCUCUCUUCCUCCAUUGUGGCGUACCAGCCUGCGGGAGACAACAGCCACAGCUUUGAGGCCAUGGCCUUGUUGAAUUCCUUCGGCAUCUUCCUGGGCGUCUUCAGUGGAUCUUUUGCUCUUGGGGUGGCCACUGGCGUCAUGACCGCUCUCGUGACCAAGUUCACUAAGCUGAGGGACUUCCCAUUGCUGGAGACAGCUCUCUUUUUCCUCAUGUCAUGGAGCACCUUUCUAUUGGCUGAGGCCUGCGGGUUCACAGGCGUUGUGGCUGUGCUGUUCUGUGGGAUCACUCAGGCUCACUACACUUUCAACAAUCUCUCCCCUGACUCUCAGGACAGGACCAAACAGCUGUUUGAGCUGCUGAAUUUCCUGGCAGAGAACUUCAUCUUCUCCUACAUGGGGCUGACUCUCUUCUCCUUCCAGUCACAUGUCUUCAACCCUUUGUUCAUCAUUGGAGCCUUUGUGGCUGUGUUUCUGGGGAGGGCAGCGAACAUCUACCCUUUGUCCUUUCUGCUCAACCUGGGCCGCAAGAACAAGAUCGGAUUUAACUGUCAGCAUGUCAUGAUGUUUGCAGGUCUGCGUGGGGCGAUGACCUUUGCUCUUUCUAUCCGAGACACAGCGACAUACGCGCGCCAGAUGAUGUUUUCCACCACCCUCCUAAUUGUCUUCUUCACUGUGUGGAUCUGUGGAGGGGGCACCACACCCAUGCUGUCCUUCAUGAGCAUACCGGUGGGUGUGGACUCUGAUCAAGACAACUCUAGUUCAGCAGUGUUGGACGGGUCACAGCGGAGGAACACCAAACAUGAGAGCGCCUGGCCCUUCAGGAUCUGGUAUAACUUUGACCACAACUACCUGAAGCCCCUCUUGACCCACAGCGGCCCUCCCCUCACUGCUACUCUGCCUGCUUGUUGUGGGCCGCUGGCACGAUGCCUCACCAGCCCACAGGCCUAUGAGAACGAAGGUCAGCUCCGCGACGACGACUCUGACUUCAUCCUGAACGAUGCCAGCGUGAGCUCCAUGUAUGCCGACGUCACCGUCAGCACGGACGCCUCCGGAUCCCACACCAUCAACCACAAGCGUGCGUCCAGCACCGGGGGCGGCCCACCUGAUGAAGGUAUGGAUCACGAACUCGCAUUGGCAGAACACGAAGUAGCGAUCAGGGGCACCCGCCUGGUCCUGCCCAUGGAUGACCCAGUCGAGCCCCCAAUCACAGUCACCCUGCCCCCGCCUCCUUCCCCACCACGCUCCGACCCUCGCAGGCACAGACUGUGAGAAGGCUUGCACUGUCAGGAUACCGUUUGUAGUUUUCAACACAAAUCAUCUAACUUGAUUUCACAAGAAAAUAGCAUCUGUUAGUUGAUUUGUUUGGAUUUGUGACAAACGGCCUUAACAGUGUGAGUCCUAUAAAAGCACCACCUCGCUAAUGGUUUUAAAAUAGUCUCAUCUUUGUGACUUGAGGUGUGCAUUGAUUUAACUACCCAUUAAGAUGGAUUACUAUAAUGUUGAAUAUGAUUGCACUACAUGUAAGCCACCAUUCCAGGAAGCUUAACAAUGAGGCUAUGGUAUUAGUGAGUUUGUUCUACUGUGGUGAUAUGCCAGUGCUGCUCUCUAAAAGUGAAACUCCCUCCAGCUAUGGGGCGAUCCCUCAGCGUUAAAUAUGCAGUUCAUUUUUUUCUCUGUUGUGAAGUUGCUCCUGACAACAGGACUUGUAUUUGUCUACUAUUAAGGUAAGAUGACCUACAAUAACUAACAUUUAGGGUGGCAUGUUUUGCUCUGGUACCACUUAGUAAGUGGUGUUAAAGACCCCUUACGCUACAGUUACAUUACUAAUUUUACUCCACAGACUUGUAAGUGUGCGGUUUGUUUGCCUCCCUCUCAAACUGCUUCCACAACAGAGUCAAGCCGCUUCUCCACUAUCUUAAAUUUUAGCACUGCCUGCCUCUUUCUCUUCUUGAUCAGACUUUUUCAUUUAUUUAUUUAAAAAAAAAAAAGAUCAAAAAUACUUUAUUUAUAAAAUGAUUUAUUUUGUUUAUUUAUUAUUUAUUUAUUGUUUUGUAGUGGGACAUAAGUGAUUUAUCUUUAAAAAUGGGACUGCUUGGUGGUGAAAGGCUGUUAUGCACCUUUUCCUAAAAAAAAACAACAAAAAAAACACUACGACUCAUUCCACACAAGGUACAUUGAACAGUAGGGAAGGGAGGUGGAUAUUCAUUAAUGUGUGCAUAUUAAAAUAUCUCCUUCCUGUUCUGUAGCAGAUCCUUCUACUUUAUACUUGGAAACUAGAGCUUCCAUUUGUGUGUAUUUUACAAUUGUGUGUGUGAUUGUGUGUAGCUGAUGUCAGAAUGAAACUGUCCAAAUCUACUGACGUGGUUAUUAGGGCUACUGUCUGUUUCUGGGUUUUCUGUCAUCAUCUGGUUUAAUUUUCUGUCUAAAAAACCCCAAAACACAACAACAAAAAAAACAAGUAACUGCCGUGUCUUUGUGAUGUUGUAUCAAAGAUGACUCUGAGGGCUGGCUGAACUGUUUUGAAUUAAAGUGCCUAUUCAGAAAUUCAAUUACUUAAUGUAGAUUUGUACAUAUUUUGAUUUGCUGAUGUGCAGUAAGAUGAUUCUUGGUUUUUAUAUGACACUAAACCUUUUGAUGCUGUUGAAUACUCUUUUGCCAGCUUAUGUAGGCCAUUAGGUGAUAAUCUGUAAUGUAUUUGUAUUUGAUGUAUUCAAAAGGUGGAGAGCCUAAAAGAGCGCAAAUAAAAACACAGUCCUUUCAUUAAGGGGAAAUAACAAGUAUCAUAUAUAUUUUAUCAGAUAUAAUCUUUUUCUGAACAGUGUACCUAUGGAAAAUGUAUACAUGAACAAAAACAACAAAAAAACCUGGCAACAUGUUUUUGGCUUUUUAUUUGCCAGUUAGGUCAAGAGAAAGACACUGUUACAGUAGGAUACCACUGACUUUUUUUCUCCUUGUUGGGGAAACCAGCUUGUUGGUUCUGUUCCUACCUCAGUGAGAGAUAUUUUGCACUAAGGCAUCUCCUUAGUUAACUGAGACCCGUGUCUGUCCUGUUUUCUGCGGAUCAGGUCGGAUAUUUAUGACUGUGUAGAAAUAAAUUCCCAUGCAUUUCUUUUUCUUUUUACCUUCAAGCAGAAUUCUUUGAGUUUCUACAUAAUCAUCUGGAGAUGUGGGAAUGAGUGAAGUAGCAUUUUGUUCUUUCAGUAACGUACCCUUUGGUUUUCAUUUAUUGUUUAAAUGUAAUUGUAAACCAUUAUAAACACACUUUGUUGUACAAUUACAACAGAUGUAACCACACUUAAAACUACAAAUCAGAACAUGUUUGAUUUAGUUUUUUACUGUUUGUAGAAACAGUUUAAUGACAGUUGUAUUUGUGAAAGGUACACUUGCAAUAGGUCUAUAUAGGUGAAUGUUUUUAAAAUGUGAUUUUUUGUUGAUUGGGAAAUAAUCUCAGAUUGAAAAAAAAAUUCUCUGUGUAUUCCUGAAGUUAUUAACAGUGUCUCUUCAGUCAGACAUCUUGCAAAUGUACUAGAAGAAAAUAAAAAACAAUUCUUGAAAUGGA